UUCAUCAUUGACGGAUGUGACGUCCAAUAUAUGAGUGAAUCGCCCUUGCCAUGUGUCCUCUCGCCACAUUUUGCGACCGUCCUACUUUCGAUCUACGCGCCUACUUUUCAGCUACAGGACUUCAAUUCUGUUUAAACAACAAUGCCUUUCGAGCAGCCUUGGUUUUUUCGGAAAUGAGUGGCGCGACCGAUUGCAAGUGAAUUUUUUUUUUAAACAUGGCCGAGGAAAAGAUCAAGUACCGCUGGUUGUUUGCUUCAUUUGGACUCCUGACGGUCGUUUACCUGCUAAGCGAGUACAUAAUUUACAAAGUUGACGUUCUUUUGGAAGAAAACUUUGAGGACUUCAGAGACAAUUUGGAAUUUUACACAGAUGAGGAGGGCGAAGAAAAUCCGUUUAUCGAUAGAGUUAUUUCGAAGGAAAAAACUGAAGUGAAUAGCACAAUAAUUAAAACUCUGCUGGGUUUAUUAGCUAGAGAAAAAAGACAGUCGCCGUCGACAAUACCGGUAAUUCCAGGCUUCGUCUGCACUGCGGAUUUAUUUAAGAAAGUCGAUCCUUGUUGCCCGACGCCGGUCUUUUUAAAAGAGUCGGAAUUGCAGAACUGCAAUCGGCGCCGUUUCGCGCGCUCUGCAAAUGAAUCGUCGAGCAAGAAUCUGAGCCAAUCUGAAAUUGAACUCGGCUACGACCAAGGCGUUGAGUACGAUUAUUACGAUCCUGAGCAAUUUGCCGAGGAGAAAAACGAGAGCCAAGGACGGCCUGGUCCCCAUGGGGCUCCUUCCUAUUACUUCCGGUGGUCACCGGUGCGAAUUAUUCAGGUGCCGCAGAGGAGGUACUCGGCGAACAGGGCCAGUCAAAGAGCUCAAGCACAAACGAAUCUACAGGCUGCCAUCAUUGGUCGCAAAACAUCCACAAGACAAAUAUGCAUGGUGGACUGCAUGUUUCGGACUCUCAAAUGGAUUUCCCAGGAGAACUCGCUGAACGUGGAUUUAAUGUUCGCCGCAAUGACUGCCAUGGUGCCCACCGCCUGGGGUACAUUGUUGGCGUCCGCGAAAACGGACUGUGCCAGUGUCACCGCAGGAGGAGGAAUGAUCGAGAACGUUUUGGACGCAAACCGAAAGGUUUGCCUCGUGGCUCCGAUCAAGUUAAUGCGCUGCAUCAAGAGAUAUCUCAUCGCGAACUGUCCUUCCCUCUUGGAUUCAGGUUCUUUGUGCACGGCCAACACAAACGUUCUCCGACAAUGUGAUGUUUUAGCCGUGUGAUGCGUCUGAUAUCAAACCACCAAAAAUUACUUCAAUCUCAAAUCAAUCAAAAAAUCCAUGACUCGUUGCUAACUGAGUACAAACUUUUUAUAUUCUCAAAUAAAUUACGAUAGUGUAUGAAAUUAAACAUAAGUUACAAUUUUUACAUAAUUAAAAUUAAUUUCUUGGCUUCUUCAAAAAGAAGAAAUUCCAGCGCAAACAUUCAAAGUAAAAGCCAAGUCCGCAGAAGGUUAAAAGUCUCACUCAAAAUUGUACAAUGUAAGGAAAAUGGUAAAUUUAUAUUUGCUUCAUUUUCCAGCUUACUUAAAUUUAAUAAAAAUGUGUAAUUUAUUUUAGUUAUUUAUCAGGCAAUGAGAAAAGUCAGAAGUGGAAAAAUUUCCGAAUCCUAUUUGCUUAUAGAGUAAAAUAAGAAUAAAUAAUUGCACGUGGAAAUUAAAGAUUUAAACAAAUUAAAAUUUACAUUGUUGAAUAUUUUUAAAAUUUAAAAAUUAAAUCCGUAUUUCGUCUCAGUGUAUAAGACUUUGUAUUAAAAAGAAUAUUUUUUUUUUAAUAUCAGUGUAGAAAAUGUAAGACGAUGAGAAAGAAAAAGCUAUCGAUUACGAUUAUCCUGCAGA